AUGGCUCAAUUCCAUAUUGUUCCACCAAAAGUCUUUCAAUUGCAUAUGCUCUUUGUCUUCCUUGCCCUCCUAUGGGAUCUGGCCUAUGCUGACCCUCCAUUUUACAAUUGUUCAAACACUGGUAACUAUACAGUUACUAGUCCAUUUCAGAAUAAUCUUAACAAUAUCCUCCUUUCUUUAUCCUCGAAUGCUUCCAUUUCCAAAUUCUACAAUACCUCCACUGGCAAUGACACAGAUAGAGUUUAUGGUCUCUACAUGUGCCUCGACUAUGUUACAAACGAAAGCUGUCACGACUGCAUAACUACGGCUUCACAAGAUAUCUCGAAGCUUUGUCCAAGCACAACAGAAGCGGUGGUGUGGGAGGAGAUAUGUCAAUUGCGCUACUCCAAAAAAAGUUUCUUUGGCAUAUUAGAUGUCACAGGAAAUAUUCCCUUAGAUAACCAGAAGAAUAAUUCACAACCAGAAUUGUUCAAAUCUAUUGUGAACGUGACAUUGAAUACGCUUGCUUAUCAGGCAGCUUUCAAUCUUUCAGCUAACAUGUAUGCUACCGGAGAAGCAGCCUUUCAAGACAAAACAAUCUAUGCUUUAGUGCAGUGCACUAGAGACCUGUCUGCCAUUGACUGUAAUUUAUGCCUUCAGAGUGCUACAGCAGAUAUUUUGAGGGUCUACUAUUACUCCGUUGGUGCAAGACUUCUCAGUCGUAGUUGCUACUUGAGAUAUGAAUUAUAUUCCUUUUAUGAAGGCACAUCUAACUCUUCUGGUUCUUCACAAAUAGGAGGUGGUCAAAUGAAAUUGUGGAUGAUUGUAGUUGUUACUGUUGUAUCAGCAUGCUUGGUGAUAGUCCUCCUGGGUUCCUAUGUUUACUGUCGUAUGAUGAAUAAAAUGGGCAAGAAGAAAAUUUUAGAACAUGGAAUAAUUCAAAACAUUGGUAGUUCCAGUAACUUAGACAUCCAUCACCUGCAUUUUCAAGGAAGAUAUGAAUCGAAAUCUCAGGAGUUCCCCUAUUUUAAUUUGGCAUCUUUGCAAGCAGCUACCAACAACUUUGGUGAUUCAAAUAAGCUUGGGCAAGGUGGCUUUGGUCCUGUUUACAAGGGCAUACUUAGUGAUGGAAAGGUAGUAGCAAUUAAGAGGCUCUCAUGCUACUCAGAGCAGGGUUCAGAGGAAUUCACAAAUGAAGUUCUACUAAUAAUGAAACUUCAACACAAAAAUCUUGUCAGGCUUCUGGGGUUUUGCAUAGAUGGAGAGGAAAAGCUACUUGUCUAUGAAUUCAUGCCCAACAGUAGCCUAGAUGUCAUUCUCUUUGAUCCAAGGAAUCGUGCAAAACUCAACUGGAGCAGACGUCUUAAUAUAAUAGCUGGAAUUGCACGUGGAAUUCUUUAUCUUCAUGAGGAUUCUCGACUUAGAAUUAUUCAUAGGGACCUAAAAGCUAGUAAUGUAUUGUUGGACUAUGAAAUGAACCCUAAGAUCUCAGACUUUGGAAUGGCAAGGAUCUUUGCAGGAAAUGAAGGCACAACUAAUACUACUACAAUAGUGGGGACAUAUGGAUACAUGGCUCCAGAAUAUGCUAUGGAAGGAAUAUAUUCUAUUAAGUCUGACGUGUUUAGUUUUGGAGUACUCUUGCUUGAGAUCAUAUCUGGGAAGGGAAAUGCUGGCUUCCAUCAAUCAAAACGUGCUUCUAGCCUCCUAGCAUAUGCAUGGAAACUAUGGAAUGAAGGAAAGGCAUUGGAGCUAAUGGAUCCUUUAUUGAUUGACUCGUUCAAUAGAGAUGAAUUUCUAAGAUACGUACAUAUUGGACUUUUGUGCGUUCAAGAAGAUGCAUCUGAUAGGCCAACAAUGUCAGCUGUGGUUGUAAUGUUGAAAAGUGAAACUGUGAGUCUUAGCCCACCUGAACGACCUGCCUUUUCGAUGGGUAGAUUCACUGAUAACAACGAAACUGAUCCUAAUUGUCUCUCUGUUUCCGGCUUAUCUAUUUCCAGUAUUAGGCCACGGUGAAGGAUCCAUAAAUGGAUUUGAAACUUCAUUAAUGUCUUAUAUGAUUAUAUCAUUCGUGUGUGCUGUACAGAAACAAAUGUCUGUAUUCGCUUGUAAUUUACAAUUGACCUUAUAAUGCAUGUCAUUAUAAAUGUAUCCUAUAUUCCCCAUGU